UGAGCUGUUCCGACCAGUAAAGCUGACUCUGGAGCAACUUGUCAGGCAUAAGCUAAGUGAAGGGAGAAAGGUUACGUGCCAGUUAGUCGGUAUAAUCCUCGAGGAGACCAGCCCAGAGGAGCUACAGAAGCAUGCGACUGUGAGGUCCUCCGUCCGUGAGGUGCUUUUAGAGAUCACAAAGUUCUGCGAUCUUUAUCUAAUGGAAAGAAUUCUCGAUGAUGAAAGUGAGGAAAAAGUUUUAUCAGCUUUGGAUGAUGCUGGGCUCUUCAUGUCUGGUGGUUUAACUCGAGAUAAGGUUAUAUUUUGUAGCACAGAGAAUGGGCGCUCGUCCUUUGUACGCCAGCUUGAACCAGAUUGGCAUGUCGAUACAAACCCAGAGAUUAUACACCAAUUAUCUAGGUUCAUCAAGUAUCUGCUUCACAUUUCACCUAACAAACCAGAACGUGCAGUUUCUUCAAAUGUAUUCAGCUCCACAGGCUUGGAGCACUUCUUUGGUGGUCCAGAUAUAAGCUAAUAUUUUUGUGUGUGCAGAUGUUGUGAACUUUUUCUAUGGCGCACAGGUAGAAGAAGCCAUCAGAAGUGUGGGAGUCCGCACCAACGGAUGUUGUGCAAUUUCUGUAUUCAAAUGCUGGUCAAUGCACCGAAUGUAUUUUUCUUUGUGAAACUAAAUUCCUAUUCCAAUGCAUUAUUUAUGUUGCAAUGUGCUCCAAAAGUUGAGUACAGUGUAUAUCAGCUCUAUCAUUGUAUAAUCUAAAAGUUAACUUAUUAGGGGUGUGUUAAUGAAUUUUUUGUGAACGCUGUGGUUAUGCGUGUUGUAUCUAUUGAACAAACGCCAGGAUGUGUGUUGUAUCUAUUUGAACAAACGCCAGGAUUUUCCGAAACUGGUUUUUUAGUGACGUGCAAGACAAAGAUA